CUGGUGAUUGGGUGUGGUAACUCAGAGCUAAGUGAACAGCUGUAUGAUGUGGGCAUUCAGGAUAUAGUGAACAUCGACAUCAGUGAGGUGGUCAUCAAGCAAAUGAAGGAACGCAAUGCCAGCCGACGGCCCCAGAUGAACUUCUUGAAGAUGGACAUGACACAGAUGGAGUUUCCCGAUGCUUCGUUCCAGGUGGUGUUGGACAAGGGCACCCUGGACGCUGUCCUGACAGAUGAGGAGGAGAAGACCCUGCACCAAGUGGACAGGAUGCUGGCUGAGGUUGGCCGUGUCCUGCAGGUGGGCGGUCGCUACCUCUGCAUCUCCCUGGCUCAGGCUCACAUCCUGAAGAAAGCAGUGGGUCACUUCUCCCGGGAGGGGUGGAUGGUGAGGGUGCACCAGGUGGCCAACAGCCAGGACCAGGUGUUGGAAGCAGAGCCUCGGUUCUCCCUACCUGUCUUUGCCUUCAUCAUGACCAAGUUCAGGCCAGUCUCUGGCUCUGCCCUUCAAAUCUUUGAGCUAUGUGCUCAGGAGCAGGGCAAGCCUAUGCGGCUGGAGAGUGCCGAGCAGCUGGCCGAGGCGGUGCGGGAGCGGCAGCAGUAUGCCUGGCUGUGCAGCCAGCUGUACCGCAAGGCCGGGCUGGGGAGUGUAUCUCUGGACUUGUGCGAUGGGGACACGGGGGAGCCACGCUACACCCUCCACGUGGUGGACAGCCCCACUGUGAAACCAUCGCGGGACAAUCAUUUUGCCAUUUUCAUCAUCCCCCAGGGUCGCGAGACUGAGUGGCUCUUUGGCAUGGAGGAGGGUCGGAAGCAGCUGGCGGCCAGUGCAGGCUUCAGGAGGCUGAUCACAGUGGCCCUCCACCGAGGCCAGCGGUACGAAGGCAUGGACAGCAUUCAGGCCGAGCUGUCAGCCAGAGUCAUGGAGUUGGCUCCUGCCGGGAUGCCCGCCCAGCAGCAGGUGCCCUUUCUGUCUGUGGGUGGGGACAUCGGGGUCCGGACCGUUCAGCACCAAGACUGCAGUCCCUUGAGUGGCAGCUAUGUGGUCGAGGACGUGCAGGGGGAUGACAAGCACUACUUCCGGCGGCUGAUCUUCCUCAGCAACAGGAAUGUGGUGCAGUCAGAAGCCAGGUUGCUGAAGGAUGUGUCUCACAGAGCCCAGAAGAAACGGAAAAAGGACAGGAAGAAGCAGCGGCCUGCUGACGCUCCAGAGGACCUCCCCACGGCCCCAGGGCAGUCCAUUGACAAGAGUUACCUGUGCUGUGAACACCACAAAGCAAUGGUUGCGGGCCUUGCCCUGCUCAGAAACCCGGAGCUGCUCCUAGAGACCCCACUGGCAUUGUUGGUGGUAGGCCUGGGUGGGGGCAGCCUCCCCCUGUUUGUCCACGAUCAUUUCCCGAAGUCCUGCAUUGAUGCUGUGGAGAUCGACCCCUCCAUGUUGGAAGUGGCCAGCCGGUGGUUUGGCUUCUCCCAGAGCGACCGGAUGAAGGUCCAUAUUGCAGAUGGACUGGACUAUAUUACCAGCCUGGCAGGAAGAGAAGGUACUGCUCCCCACUACAAUGUCAUCAUGUUUGAUGUCGACAGUAAGGACCCAACACUGGGAAUGAGUUGUCCACCACCAGCUUUUGUGGACCAGCCUUUCCUGCAGAAGGUCAAAAGCAUCUUGACUCCUGAAGGUGUCUUUAUCCUCAACCUUGUGUGCCGGGACUUGGGGCUGAAGGACUCUGUGCUGACUGGGCUCAAAGCGGUCUUCCCUCUCCUGUAUGUCCGGCGAAUUGAGGGUGAAGUAAAUGAGAUCCUGUUCUGUCAGCUGCACCCGGAGCAGAAACUUGCCACGCCAGAGCUCUUGGAAAUGGCCCAGGCCUUGGAGCAGACCCUGAGGAAGCCUGGAAAGGGUUGGGAUGACACGUAUAUACUGUCAGAUAUGCUCAAGACUGUGAAGAUUGUGUGACUGCUGGGCUGGGAAUCUGCACUGCUUCUUGCCACACUGACCUUGGGCUCCUAGCCUUCCAGAGAUUGAA